ACGAGUUCAGACUACAUCUCUCAGCUCUCAGACCACUCACUCAGUGUGUCUCCAUCUCUCUCAGUCAAUCAAGAAAAGAUGAGUCUUCCAAGGAGACCUUAUGCUUACUCGAAGAUGGAGAGAGAAGAGCCAGAAGAGAGAAUUCAUCGGAGAGCCCAGUUCUUGAUCUACAAGGUUCUGGAACAAGCUGAUUCGCGGAGAAGUGAAUGGUCUCUAAGAGUGAGAGUAUGCCGGUUGAAGGUGAAGAUUGGGAAGAGACUCAAGAGGCUUAGAAAGACCAUGUUGUUCACCAUUUCUGCUGCUAGGACUUGUGUGUACAGGCAAGUGGCGACCAAACUGAAGAUAUGGAAGCGCUUCAUUCGCGGUAGAGACACCAUCGUCACUCUUCCUCCUAUCUUCACUUAACUCUCCACUUUCGUUUCUUCUUCUUCUUCUACAACCCGCAACGUCAAGGUUGCAACUUCUAAAAUAUCGGAUCUAUCCAUCUCUUUUGGUUUUUCUCUGUAACCGCCCGUCUGUUUUGGUAAGCGUACUGUAACAACAUAUAGUCGUUGGAAUAUGUUUUACAUUUUUUACUGAGGAGGUCACUCUGUAGGUGUAGCUACACUGUUUGAAUGGAAUCGAAGGUGUAAUGAAAUGAAAAGGGCGCUUUUUUUUUUUUU